AAAAGUGAUUUUUUUUUUUUUUUUAAAGCCUUCGGAGUCUUCACAUCCAGUCACGUAUCAGUGGAAUAGGUAAAGUCACGAAUCAGUGGAAUAGGAUCAGUGCUGCCUUCUGUAGUGCAAUAGGCGGGUUUGGUUAAUGCUACUUUUCAGUUGGCUACUAUGAGCUUCACAGGUCCUUCUGUUGAUCCUGGUUGUAGAACUGUUGGAAGAGCACUUGAAUUUGGAAGAACCUAUGUGGUCAGGCCCAAAGGUAGCCAUCAAGCGACAAUAGUUUGGCUACAUGGCCUUGGCGAUAAUGGUUCAAGCUGGUCCCAGCUCCUAGAGGCUCUCCCGCUUCCAAAUAUUAAAUGGAUAUGCCCAACUGCCCCUACUCAACCAAUAACUAUAUUUGGUGGAUUUCCAUCAACUGCUUGGUUCGAUGUGGGAGACCUUUCAGAAGAUGCAUCAGAUGAUACAGAUGGAUUGGAUGCUGCUGCAGCACAUGUUGCAAAUUUGUUGUCAACAGAGCCUGCUGACAUUAAACUUGGUGUUGGAGGCUUCAGCAUGGGUGCAGCUGCCUCGCUCUACUCAGCAACCUGUUUUAUUCAUGGAAAAUAUGGAAAUGGCAAUCUGUAUCCUGCCAAUUUGAGUGCAGUUGUAGGACUUAGUGGAUGGCUUCCAUGUUCCAAGACUUUGAAAAGCAAAAUAGAAGGACAGGAUGAAGGUGCAAGACGUGCUGCAUCCUUGCCCAUUUUACUAUGCCAUGGCAAAGGUGAUGAUGUGGUUCCAUAUAAAUUUGGUGAGAAAUCCUCCCGAACAUUGAGUUCAAAUGGAUUUCGAGACAUGACAUUCAAAUCCUACAACAGGCUUGGUCACUAUUCAAUCCCUGAGGAGAUGGAAGAGGUCUGUGCUUGGUUAACUUCAAAACUGGGGCUUGACGGUCGAUCCACAUGAUGUUUUAAUGUGAAAAUGUUUUUCAUUAUUUGGAGCAAGAGAAAUGAAGAGGAGAAAUUAUUUAUAAGUUUCAAGUAACAAAAUGGAGCAAAAUUGUUCUGGUUAUGGGUUUCAUACAUGUUAUAGUGAUAAUUUGCGUGCCUUGUUAUUUCUCUUGUAGUUGAUAUUGCUUAAUUGGCUCUGGACUUGCUAGAACUGUGUGAUGAAACAUGAGAAUAUGUACUGAUUUGACCAUCAAAACUUGCAGUUUGGAAUAUUAUUGUUUGGAAUGCAAUAAUAUUGAUUUGAAA